AUGGCACAGGAGAAUAUGGACCUGGAGUUGGGGCUGCUUCCAAGUUCGAUCACCACAGACAGCAACAUCCUGAGAAGAACCAGCAGCGCGCCUCUGAUCAAUGAAAUUAGUGAUAAUUUACAGGUGUUCGAACCUGACACAGUAAGAAUGAGAAGAAACAGUAGAGUACUGAUGAGUGAACAAUGUCUGCAGUGUUUCUCUCCAUCGUUACAAGCUUGUGUGAGUUGCACUGCUUUGCCUCCAAGUCCUAUUCCCAGUCCUUCACGACAGUUAACAAAAAGAAGUCAAAAUUCCACCAACAUUAUUAGACCAAGUAUCCUUGGACCAUUAAAAAGAAAAGGUGAAAUGGCACUUGAAUAUCAGCCAAAGAGGUUUUUCCAAGGCACGACCAAUAUGCUUUCUUCUAAUACUUCCGGAGUGUCAGAAAAAAAUCAGCAUGCUGGAUCAUCCGGUAAUUCACCAGCUGAAAUCAGCACUGUCAUGAACUUUCCUGUGUCACCUUCUGCUAUUGGUUCUCCAUUUAUAACCUUCAGUGGGCCAAUUGUGAACAACGAGGGCACCCUCAAGGAAUUAAAUACAGUUACAGUGAUGUUUCUUGAUGAGAUUAGAGAUCAUUGA